AACCCGCCGGAGCUCAUGGCGCCCUACAGCCCGCUACCGGUGUUGGUGCCGGAGGACUGCCGCUCCAUGUUCAUCACCUUCUCCAAGGACAUGCAUCUCCAUCGCGAAGAGAUCUUCGACUACUUCAGGGAGAAAUGGGGUGAUUGCGUGGUGAGGGUGCUCAUGGAGAAGACAACAGGCGGCAACAUGCCCAUGUAUGGCCGGAUCAUCUUCAAGACAGAGGCGGCCGUGAAGCUGGUGCUCAACGGUGAGAGGCUCGUCAAGAUCUCCAUCAACCACCGUGAGAUGUGGAUGCGCAAAUACCUUCCCAGGCCAACCAACAUCACCGCCUAGCCUGAUCCAUCCAGGAAUCAACCAUCAUCUUAUCUCAAUGCUCGUGUUGCUUGUUAUCCAGAUCUACCAGAUUUGUGACGUACCAUUCCAAAAAGAUUUG